UCCCGCGGACCAGGGCGCGGGGGGGUGGGAAGGCGACCGGGCCCGGGCCCCCUCGGCCGGGAUGGAGCCGGACUCGAGGCGCAUCUCGGUGUGGAUCUGCCAGGAGGAGAAGCUCAUCUCCGGCCUGUCCCGGCGGACCACCUGCUCGGACGUGGUCCGGGCGCUGCUGGAGGACGGCGGGGCCGCGGGGAAGGACCGGCCGCGGAAGGGCGGCGGGGGCCUGCUCGGGGGACCCCCGCACAGCUACUGCAUCGUGGAGAAGUGGCGGGGCUUCGAGCGGAUCCUGCCGGGCAAGACGCGGCUGCUGCGCCUCUGGGCCGCCUGGGGGGACGAGCGGGGCAAUGUGCGCUUCGUCCUGGUCCGCAGCGACGCCUCUCUCCCGCACGCGGGGCCCCGCAGCGCCCAGGCCCGGGUGGUGCCCAGCAAGGACGGCCCGCGCCUCGGACCCCCGGGCACCCCGGGGACCCCGGCAUCCCCGGCCCCCGCGUCCCGGCCCGGCCCGGGCCCGGCCCUGAGCCAGGAGCGGCAGCGCAGGGUGGUGCGCAAGGCUUUCCGCAAGCUGGCCCGGAUCAACCGGCGCCGUCGACGGCAAGGACCGGCCGGACCGGGACCGGAGCGGGAGCAGAACCGGGAGGAGCGGGCCCCGGCCCCGUCGCCCUGCUCCUCCUCCUCCUGCACCUCCUCGUCGUCGUCCUCGGGCGCUUCGACGGCGCCGGGGCCGGAGGCGGCGGCCUCGACGGCGGCGGGCGAGCGCAUGGAGACCCUCGUCCACCUGGUGCUGUCCCAGGACCACACCCUGCGGCAGCAGGUGCAGCGCCUGCGGGAGCUGGACCGCGAGAUCGACCGCUACGAGGCCCGCGUCCACCUGGACCGCGUGCGGCGACACGGGGCCAACUACGUGCAGGACACCUACCUGGACGGCGCGGGCUCCGGGGCCGAGGCCCGGCCGGAGGUGGAGGCCGAGGCCGCGGGCCCGGGCGCCGCCGAGCUGCGGCGGCUGCAGGAGCGGCGGGCCGAGCAGGAGGAGCUGCUGGAGCGCCUCGCCGCCGAGCUCCAGGACGAGCUCAACCGCCGCUGGAUGCGGCGCCGCCGGCGGGAGGCCUGCGGAGGAGGCGCCCCCCGGGCCGACGGCCUCCCCGACGGGGACCUGCUGCUGGAGGAGCAGGAGCGGCUGCAGACGCAGCUGAGCGCCAGCCUCUACAUCGGGCUGCGGCUCAACACCGACCUGGAGGCCGUGCGCGCCGACUUGGACAGCAGCCGUCGCCGCCGGGACGCCAAGGAGCGGGAGCUGCAGGACCUGCUGGACGCCCUCCACGCCCUCGACCCGGGGGACGAGCCCGCACCCGGGCCCCGGCGGGACCCCCCCCGGCGGGACCCCCCCCGGCGGGACCCCCAGCGGGAGCCGGAGCGGGCCCCGGAGCGGGCCCCGGCCAAGGAGGGUGACGACGAGGACUCGGACACCGGACUGAGCUCCAUGCACAGCCAGGACUCGGACUCCGUGCCGGUCAGCGAGUCCCUCGUCUAGGGCGCGGGGCCGGGCCCCGGCCUGGCUGGGGCUGCGGGGAUUGGGGACGGCGGCAUCCCCUCUCCAUCCCGCCCGCCGGGCCGGUCCUCGGGACUGCUCUGUUGGAACAAACACACAUGAACUUGGUUCUACCCGUCUGAACUCCUUUACACUCUUUCUCACUCGCUCUCUUUCUCUCUCUCUCUCUCUACCUCUCUGUUCUACCUCUUUUUCCUCUUUUUAUCUAUUUCAC